GUCCUCCCAUUCUAACUGCGCGUGUGCAGCGAUCGGCGAUGCGCUGUGUCCCUUGGACACAGCGGAUCACUGAUCACAGAAAGAGCUGAGGAUGUCGGCUCGGUCAUGUGAUCAGCUGUGUCCAAUCGCAGCUGAUCACAUGGCACUGAUGAUCAGUGUGCCCUGAUGAUCAGUGUAGCCCCAGCAGUGCCACCUGUCAGUGUCCAUCAGUGCCUUGUGUCAGUGCCCAUCAGUGCCACAUCAAUGCCACAUAUCAGUGCCUACCAGUGCACAUCAAUGCCACAUAUCAGUGCCCAUCUGAGCUGCCUUUCAGUGUCACCCAUCAGUGCCAGUCAGUGCCACCUAUCAAUGCCAAUCAGUGCCACCUAUCAGUGCUGCCAAUCAGUGCGCAUCAGUGCCUUUCAGUGCCGCCUAUCAGUG